CGCGAAUCACGGAGAGAGAAUUUAAUGUGUUUUUCCUGGAUUUACAGGCUUUUGUUUUAGUUCCUCUUUCUGUGGAUUUAUACCUGAUUUCCUGCAGAUAUUCUGGAUUUAUUUAGUUGGAUUCGAGCUUAAUCUUCCCUUUGUGGUCUUCUGCAAAAUGUCGGACAGAACAAUGGCGCGGCAAGUACUGCUGUUGAUUUGGUUUCUCUCUCUCAGUUCAGCUCUCGGGCAGGUCAGUUACUCCAUUCCUGAGGAAAUGGCGAAAGGCUCUUUAGUCGGUAACAUAGCGCAGGAUUUGGGUUUAGAUUUAAAGAGACUGAAAUCGGGUAAAGCCCGUAUUUAUACCGGAGACAGCGCUGAAUACAUCGAGCUGAAUAAAGAAAGAGGAGUCCUCCUUAUCAAAGAGAGAAUAGACCGAGAGGCGCUAUGCGGACAGACAACGCCUUGCGCACUACAUUUCCAGAUUAUUCUGGAGAACCCGAUGGAAUUGUAUCGCAUUACAGUUGAAGUCACGGACGUAAAUGACAAUGCUCCAGUGUUUAGUAAGAAAGACAUGAGAUUUGAAAUAAACGAAAUGUCUUUAGCGGGUGCCAGAUUUAUAUUGGAGGGGGCUAUUGAUUAUGACGUCGGUCGAAAUGGUCUUCAGAGUUACUCCCUCCAUCCUACAGAUAAUUUGGUCUUGAAAUUUCAGAAUCACCCUGAUGGAAGUAAAGCUGUCGAAAUGGUUCUCCAAAAACCAUUAGACCGUGAAAAACAAGAGCAUGUCUCUUUACUGUUAACAGCCUUUGACGGAGGCGAACCACAGAUGUCUGGGACAAUGCAGAUACACAUAACCGUUUUAGAUGCGAAUGAUAACGCCCCUGUGUGUUCACAAUCCGUGUUCAAAAGCAGCCUGGCUGAAAACUCGCCAAAAGGCACGGUUAUAACAACAGUUAGUGCAUCCGAUGCUGACCAGGGUUCCAAUGGAAGAAUAUCUUUCUCUAUUUCAAGUACAGCUGACAAAGUGUCAGGUUUUGAAAUAGACCCUGAUGUUGGCGUGUUAAAGCUUAUUGGGGGCAUCGAUUUUGAGAACAGAAAGCAUUACAAAAUUGAUGUUCAGGCAAGAGAUGACGGUGGUAAUACGGAUUCAUGUAAGGUCAGUGUUGAUAUUAUCGAUGUUAACGACAACAGCCCCGCUAUUAAUAUUAUUUCAAAAUCCAGUCACAUAUCUGAGGAUGCGAAAUCUGGCACUGUUCUUGCAAUGUUAAACAUUCAAGACGCAGACUCGAAUGAAAGCGGUAAACUUCUUUGUCACUUGAAUGAUAACGUGCCUUUCGUUAUUCAGUCUUCGUCGGAUGGGUUUUACAGCCUCGUAACCGACGGUGAUUUAGAUCGGGAGAGAGAGUCUGAGUAUAACAUCAGUGUGACGUGUGCUGAUGAGGGCGUGCCCUCUCUCUCCAGCAGCGUCACUCUCUCCUUACAGAUAUCAGAUGUGAAUGAUAACGCACCUGUGUUUGACAAGAGCUCAUAUGAGGCCUCUGUUCAAGAAAACAACACACCGGGUCUUUCCAUAUUCACAGUCAGAGCCAGAGACGCAGAUUUUAACCAGAAUGCCCGUGUGUCUUACAUACUGGAGGACUCCUCUGUUAACGGAGUGCCCGUCUCCUCGUUGGUGUCCGUUAGUGCUGAUAGUGGAGACAUACAUGCAGUGCGAUCUUUCGAUUACGAGCAGAUCAAAGAUUUCCGGUUCCGCGUAAAGCGCAAGACGGAGGCCCCUCCUCUCAGCAGCAACGUGAGUGUGAGAAUCAUUAUUCAGGACCAGAAUGACAACGCGCCUCAGGUUCUGUAUCCGGUCCAGUCUGGUGCUUCUGUGGUGGCUGAAAUAGUGCCUCGUUCGGCAGAUGUGGGUUAUCUGGUCACUAAAGUGGUGGCUGUUGAUGUGGACUCUGGACAGAAUGCCUGGCUCUCAUAUAAACUACAGAAAGCCACAGACAGGGCGCUGUUUGAAGUGGGCUUACAGAAUGGAGAAAUAAGAACUGUACGUCAAGUGACAGAUAAAGAUGCUGUGAAACAAAGGCUCACUGUUGUAGUGGAGGACAACGGGCAGCCCUCUCGUUCAGCUACAGUCAAUGUGAACGUGGCGGUGGCGGACAGCUUCCCUGAAGUGCUCUCCGAGUUCACUGACUUUACGCACGACAAGGAAUACAACGACAACCUGACUUUUUAUCUGGUCUUGGCCUUGGCUAUGGAGACGUGA